AUUUGCGGCAAUAGUCAGCCGUUGGGAAUAGGGCUGUUAAAUUGAAUAUACUUAGCAACCGUGCACAACAGCUGGCUGUGAAUUAUUUGCAGUAGUGAUGGGCGAAAUAGCGAUUUUUCAGUAUCAACAAAGAACUUAGAUAACGAGAAGGGACAACUCGAUAUAAUUGUGGCGAAAGUUGCGGUUUUUAAUUCAGUGAUUUUUUAUGGUUAUUGCGAUCGCUAGUUGUUCUAAUAACACAGAAAUGUGUAAUAUUUCUAAUGAAUCAGUGUUGGUGCAUGUAGGGAUAAUUCCCUACCCGUAGGGAUUUCAGUCGAAAAAAUUUGUGUAGGGAAGAGGGAAAAGUUGCAUUUAUUCGCUCAAAAAUUGUCAUAUUUCACUUCGUAUUUUAUUAAUAUUUGCAGCAAUCUUUACUCGUUGAUACAAAUUUUGAAAUAAAAACUGAAACGCAAAUAACGGGAUCAAGCAAAUCAAACUGCAUACUUGAAAAUGUCAAUAUCAAACAACCGUGGAAUGAUAAUGAAAAAAAGCAAUAUAUAUACAUACGAGUAUAUUAAGAAUGAAUAAUUAAAAAUUGUAAAAUCGUCAUUUCUACCAUCACAGAGAAAAAUCACCAUUCGCAACUUCUGUUGACUAGCUAUUGCCAUAUCGUCGCCUGGGUAAACGAUUGUCGUAAGCGUCAUACGUACGUGCGAAACAUACGACAAUCUUUUACCUAGGUGACGAUAUGUGAUUUUCUUUACCUACGAAAUAUCUUGCGAGUAGAAAAAUCACCCAUUACUGAUAUUGUGGCCUAGCAGUAGCAGUCACUAUAAACGAUUUUUAAAUUACAGUGAUAAAAUCACCGGUAGAGAAAUAUCGCUCAUCACUAAUUCCCUGUGAUCGUCAUUCGUUCAAAGUACCGAACUAAAUAGUCGAUUACUUUUAGUUAUUUAUUAAAGUUUAUGGCAAGGAGAACAAAAUAAAAUAUUUUCAACAAAUUUAUAAAUGGAGGGCAGAAGAUAUAAUUUGAUUUCACGAUACUUUGAAAACGCAGAGGUGCUCAUGACCGGGGCUGCGGAUAUAGAGGCUUUUUUGAACAAUAUCCCUUCCAGUUCAAGUUCCGAAACGUCAUCAAGCUCUGAGGAGUCCGAAGACGAAAAAAGAAAGGCUUUUGAAGAUUUUUGUGAAGUUAUUGACGGCUAUAGCGAAGAGGAGUUUGAAUCUCACAUGAGAUUACGACGUUCAACUGCUGAACUUUUAAUCGAGAGAUAUGCAUCUAGUAUUUUACCUAAAACACACUCUGGAGGUAGAGAAAGUCUGCCACCGAAAAAAAGAGUCUUCAUAUACAUCUGGUAUUUGAGCAAUGCGAUAACAUUUCGAAAACUUGCUGACUUGUUUCGAGUAUCAAUAUCGACAGUUUGGUCUGCGGUGAACAGUGUCUCUGCAUGGAUUAUCUCAGUCGGUCACGAAUAUAUAAAAUGGCCGGAAGGUACUAUGGCAAAGGAAAUCCAAAAGAAAUUUCAGGCGAAAAAUGGUAUUCCGGGUGUUAUUGGGGUUAUCGACUGCACGCAUAUUCGUAUAAAAACUCCAAGGGUGAAUAAGGAAAAUUACUUAAACCGGAAAAAUCAAUACAGCUUAGUGCUUCAAGCAGUAGUGGAUGCAGACAAAAGAUUUAUCGACAUAACUUGUGGCGAACCUGGAUCACUGAAUGACAUCAGAGUUCUACGAAGAUCUAAUCUUUAUGCUACAGCGCAAUCAGAUUUACAAAAUUUAUUUCCGAACAACUCAUUUAUUUUGGGUGACUUGGCUUAUCCCUCAACAAGCUGGUUGGUGUCGCCCUUCAAAGAGGACGGUAACUUGACUGAAUCGCAAAGACAUUUCAACGAAAUACACACAUCUACUUGUGGGGUUGCGAAAAAUGCCUUUGGCUUAUUAAAGACUAGAUUCAGGAGACUGUUACAUUUUACCGAACAAACAAAUUUAAACUUUGUUGUCAACAUAAUUGUAAGUGCUUGUAUUCUUCAUAAUGUGUGUAUCGCAUCUAAUGAUUCAUGUAUAGAAGUUGCAAAAGAUGAAGGUUUAGAACCCGGUACGCAAGACGGACCUCUGGAAAGCAAUUUCCCCACACAUGGUAUUCGACGUGAUUUACUUUUUGAAUACUUACUACAGCAUAACAAAAUAUAAGGAAAAAUAUAACAAGUAACUUUU